AUGUUAGCCAUUUUAGAAAAGUUUGACAUUUUUGGUGUGCCCAUUAAGUUGAAAACCAUUAAACAGCAAGAACAGUUUAAGACAUCUCAAAGCGGGGUGAUAGCAAUCAUAAUAAUGAUGUUAAGCUUAGCUUAUUUCGUUUAUGUUAUGCAACAAUGGAUUAAUGGACAAUUAAUACCUAAAGUUACUACUUAUGAAUGGGAAAAUGGUGAAAUCUCUUUUACUUUAUACGAUUUAAGCACACAGAUUAAUCCCUUCACAAAGUAAAACAACAUUAUCAUGCCAGUAUUGUUGGAAAUCUCUGGAUUAUUGGUUUCUGCUCAGCCUAGAUUUCUAUAUAGCACCUAAUAGGUAGACGGGGAUAAAAAUGUUAUAACAAUUGAUAAGGGCAAAUUAGUUUUAAGUUAAGUUGAUGGGUCAAAAGCAGAUGAUCAAGAAGAGAUUAAGUAAUAUUUUAUAUUUUUCACAAAAUGCCGCUCAGAUUGGAUGGAAGAAGGGGGAUAUUGUGCUGAUCAAUAAGUGAUUGACGAUUAUUUCAGUAUCAAUCACGGCUUAUUAUUUUUGUCAAUAAAUUUGUAGUAGUAUAAUUAUGAGAAUUUGGAAUUUGAUGAAAUUAAAAAGACAUAAUUCUUUGCCUUCGAAGAAAGUAGCCCUUUUUAUUCAUAGGUAAUCUUAUAAAAAUAACGAACAACUGUUGAUAAGGGAAUACUAUUUAAUAGCUUUGAAUACUUUGAUGUGAUAAAGGAUUAUUAAGUGAUAACUUAAGCUGUAACAAAGAAAUUUGCUUAGGAUACAAUAAAGACUGUGGAGAAUUCUCAACUGGAAUUUGAAACCUUGGGGACAUUUGUAUUUAGGAUUGAUAACAUAGAAGCAAAUGAGACUAUUCUUAUGCCAAAAUUAGGAGAGGUGUUGGCUCAAAUCGGAUCUAUUGUUAAUAUGAUAAUGCUUUUGAAAUUACUUUCCAAUAUGAUUAAUACAACUAUGUUGGAGAGUGCGAUAUUGCAUCAAAUAAUUGAAAUUUAUUAUCCUCAAUUUAAAUAAGUCUAAAUUACAAAGAACUUUUUAGGAUAGGUAAAAGAAGUGCGUUAUAAAGGCGUUGAAAUUAAGUUAACACAAUUUAAGCACAAAUACAAUGAAUUACUAGAAAUUGCUAGAGCGAAGUUCACAUUUAAUAAUCUUAUAUAAGAAUUAUCUCGCGUUCAAUUGGUUUUGGUAAAUUAAAUAGGAAUGGAAAACUUAAAAAAAAUAUUUAAGAAAGAAGAAGAUCUGAAAUUCUUUGAGUAAGAUAGGUCGCCACAAACCCAAUGUUAAGUAUAGAAUUUAGUUUCAGUAUCACCAGAAGAGUCGCCAAAGAUUUAAGAAUUUGAAAGGUUUGUAUUGUUUAGUUCAGAUUUUUCAGAUUGA